UCGUAAUAUCGAUAGGCCUAAUAGUACUAUUAGCAUGUGCCUCCAAUAGGAAGAAGUUUAAUUUGUUGUUUUUUCUGUUUUAGUUUUUUUUUUGUGGUAUUAUUACUAUUCUAAAUACAUAUUUAAAGAAUAAAAAUAUGCGAAUUGUCAUACUUUAAUUGAAGGUGCUUAUGUAACAAUGCACGAACCCACGAAAUAAAAAAACUACGUGCAUAUCGAUCACCGCGUACGGAUUACUGUCAGGCUUUGCGCACAAAUAAUUGUAUGUAUCAUGACAACAGCAACAGAGGCGAGUAAAAUGCUUGAGGCAGCAUUGCAACAGAUGGAUGGCAUAAUAUCAAACUCAGCGACUGCGGCUGUCAGCAGUCAAUCGCAGACUCAGCCAGGAACUGCAACUACGGCUUCGUUGACAAGCUUCUGUGAGCGUAAUUUAAUUUCGGCUACUAAUGUGUUAUCAACGGCGAAGACCCUGGCUUUGGCACUGCAACAGGUUGGCUUAGCAGCGCCCGCUCCAGAUCCUGUUACCGCAGCAAUUAUAAGUGAUUGGCUGGAAACGCAUAUACCGCGCCAAGACUCUGAUGAACGAAUGCGUCGAUUGCAGCGCGACAAGGAGGGAUUGGCCCUACAAUACCAAAUGUUGGCGGAACGCGUUUCUGAGCAAGCGGACAGAAUAAUUGAAUUGGAAGGUCUCUUAACGGAGAAGUCGCAGCAGCUUUGCAGCAAAGAAGAGCAACUGCAGCGCCAAGUAAUUUCCCAAUCUGCGCUAGAAACACAACAACUUGAAUUAAUGACUGCCUUAAGCGAGUUAAAACUGCAUCGUACGGCACUUGAGUGCGAAAACGAACUGAAUGCCACCAAUAGUAGUGUGCCUUAUGGCAGCAUGGGUAAUCUAAAUCAAAAGACCACGCCUGAUGGACGUCUAGCACCCAAAACUCCACCGUCAGCAUUGCGGCACCAGAUUAAGCCACAAUUUCACAGCUUGCCGCGAUCGCAUGGUGGUGCCACAAAACAGGUGCAGCGUCCGCAAUCGAACACCAAUAAUAACAAUAACCAUACCCUAGAUGUCAAUGCGAACAGCAGUGGGAAACAGCGCAAUGUGGCGUUUGCCUCUAACGAACAAAUUCUAAUUGACGACAAUUUGCUGAACGAUGGCGCUAGCCCAACUGAAGACGCAAUGUCUAUGUAUUCAAGUUUUCGAUCCCAAACGCAAUGCACGCCCUCGCCAAAGCUACACGAGCGGUCCGUGCGCGGAUUGCGUAGCAUUUUAGGUAAAUUGCGGCGCAGCAACAGCAGCAACUGUGAACUGACUGCCUUGGAGCAGGCUGAACCCGAUGAAUUUCGUCGAGGUGGCUCGCGUGCAACUGCCGGCGGCCGCAUUGAAUGGAGUGGUCAGACUCCAAUGUUCACCGAUGCAGAAAAACAUUACAGCAGCUGGAACGCACAGGAAGUAUGCAACUGGCUGUCGCACAUGGGUCUUGGAUGUUAUCAGGACAACUGUAGAAAAUGGUUGAAAGCCGAUCCCACAGUUUGUUUCUUUACCGCUUCACCGAUCGAUAUCGAACGUGAGCUUCAUUUGAAAUCAGUUCUGCAUCGAAAGAAAAUCAUGUUGGCCAUUGAUGACAUAACAAAAAGGGAGCUUGAUGAGCUGACAAUAAAGGCAGCCAAAUUGGAUGUGGGCUGGGUGCUGCGUUGGUUGGAUGACAUUGGUUUGCCACAGUACAAGGAUUACUUUUUGCAGGCGAAGGUCGACGGUCGCAUGUUGCACCGUUUAACUCUUGAGGAUCUUUUCCAAUUACACGUGAACUCAUGCCUGCACAUUGCAUCUGUGCGAUGUGGUAUUCUGUGCAUGCGCCGCUUGCGCUGGGACGCCGAAGGUUUGAUUCGGCGUUCAACCAAAGUUACUGAACCGAACGACGAAACCAUUAGUGCAGAUAAGGAAAGUGUCGAUUUGUGGACGGCACACCGAGUAAUGGAAUGGUUAAAAACCAUAGACUUGUCCGAAUAUGCUCCGAAUCUACGCGGAGCUGGGGUGCACGGAGCAUUGAUGCUGUAUGAGGAACGAUUCAAUGCCGACUUACUAGCUGAUUUACUUUCAAUACCGCCGAGUAAAUCUCUGCUACGACGCCACUUGGCAAUGCACUUUAAGGAAUUGGUUGGACGUUCCAUAAUACAUUGUAAACGCGAUGCCGAAGCUGCACCUGGCUAUCUACCACUAACGAUCACGGCAAAACUGAAGCCACCAAAGCGCUCACAAUUUACACUUAAACGUCGCAAGAGCGCAAAAGGACAAACUGAGGUCGAUUGGACAGAUCUAGUAUGCCCGAUGAAUAUGACAGUCCCUGCACUGUCCUUCAACGCAGAUGCGAUCAAAGAUCACGACGGCUCCUUGAGCUCUAAUUAAACGAUCCCCAGGACUAUAGAAAAAAGUAUACUUACGAGCAAUGUAUUGUUAAUUUAGUUUUUAAACUGACCCUGAAACCGAAAUUUUUUCGAUCUAGCGAAAGUCAAAUGCAAUGAGAUGCAUUUGCAAGAAUUUAACUUGGCAACUAUUUUAGCCAACCUUCAAGCAAUUUAUGGUAAUUACCAAACGACCAAACAAUAACGUAUUAACAAAGCAGGCUGCUAAACGCACAAAUAACACUAAUACAUACCUAUAUUUGAAUUUCGCACUUUAUUUUUAUACAAGGACUUAAGUAUUGAAGUCUUCCAAAAAAAGAAUUAGGUAUUUAAAAAGCAUACAUAUUAUUAACCUGGAAAGCAAUCCAAAGUCUGGCAUAACGGAGAAUAGCCGAGUUUAUUUUUACUAACAUUAUUUUGUGUGUUAUCUCCAUAAUUAAAUAUUAAAAUAAUAAAACCGUUUUUUACAGAAG